UGGGAAAUUGGUUUGGUAAAGGAGAAAUAGGCCCGUGAACACGUGAGGCCCAGUCUAUUUUAGGCCCAACGUACAACUGGCCCGGUUCAGGCCUGCUCCGGUCCCCACGAGCCCCACCCUAAAAACGUUGACCCCCUCGGAGUCGGGGGCGCCACAGUCUCACCUCGCCGGCAGCAAGAGCUCCACUCCCACUCCCACGGCGUCCGCAACGGAGACGGUGAGGGGAGCAGCAGCAGCAGGAGGAGGAGGAGAUGAAGCUGAAGCAGCUGGAGGGCCUUCUGGGUGGCCUGACCCAGUUCCCGGAACCCAAGGUGGAGCUGGAGCAGUACCCGACGGGCGCUCACAUCGCGUCGCGGAUGCUCUACACGGCGGAGAAUUCCUUCAAUGAUAUAGCUGGCAAAGUGGUAGCUGACUUUGGCUGUGGCUGUGGCACCCUCGCUGUGGCGAGUGCACUACUGGAUGCUGAACAUGUUAUCGGUAUUGAUAUUGAUCCGCAGUCACUUGAACUUGCUCAAGAGAAUGCUGAUGAUCUGGAGCUGGAUAUCGACUUAAUUUGGUCUGACAUAAAGAACUUAAAUUUGAAAGGCUUUCUUGUUGACACUGUUGUUAUGAAUCCUCCCUUCGGGACACGUAAGAAAGGAGCAGACAUGGAGUUCCUUUCUAUGGGUUUGAAGGUUGCCUCUCGAGCUGUCUAUUCUCUACACAAGACUUCCACUAGAGAACAUAUCAAGAAGACAGCUUUGCGUGAUUGCAAUGCUAUCAGUGCUGAGGUUUUAUGCGAGCUGCGCUACGAUCUACCACAGACUUAUAAGUUUCACAAGAAAAAGGAGGUCGACAUUGCUGUAGAUUUGUGGCGCUUUGUUCCUAAAGCCCGACGUAGCAGCUAGCGCUUUGCGGCCAGGCGAUGAAACCAUGACAUGAAAAAGAAAUCUCACCAUGGUUAUCUUAGAUUGCUGGACCUGAUAGGAGAAACUGCACGCGCGGUGUAGCAUCGUCGUCUCAGGUGCCAAGUCCCAGUAAUUCUGGCGUGCCUAGGUGGUUUCUCAAUAGCAUAUUUUGACUGCAGAAUCAAGUUGGAACUCGGAACAUGACGACCUGAAUGUAAUUUGCUUGGAACAGUGCAUGCAUGAUGCAUAGCGACUCGGUGCUUCAAAAUCUCA